UGUUUAAUACUAGUAAUGUUGCAGUUAUUAUGUAAUAGUAGUCAACAUAGAGUCUACACAAUAGUCAAUGUAUUGUUUAUAUGUUAUGUUUGUAUUAUGACUGCACUCAUGGGUUGAUGUGUUUUAUACGACAAAUGUCUAUACAUCGGGUGUUGUUUACAAGACAUUUGAGGAUCAAUUAAGUGAUGAACAACGACCUCAUUGUUGUGGCCGUAAAUCACAACAUCCAAAGAGGACUUCAUUAUGAAGUAGUAUUCAAAGGAAAUAACAUAAACAGCAAUUUUGACGAUACAUCUGUGUCACAUCUUAGUGAAUGGAUUGAUACGUUGGGCGAAGAAUCAGCUAAAGCACAAAAUCUUAAACAAUCGAUUACUUCAUAUAAGAAACUGAUUGACGAACGAAAUGACGAUAAAAUAUAUAUAAUUGUUAAGACAGACGACUAUAAUGACCACAAUUGGAUUGCAGUCGGGUUUGUCCGGUUGGGAACAAAAGAUCUUUGGUUUGCCGACAGAGAUAACACUAAUUUAAGACAGUUUUGCAAUUGUUUUUGUAUUUUAGAUUUUUAUGUUCGUAAUCAACGACAAGGUUUGGGAUAUUUUUUGAUCUCAUUAGUCAUGAAGUCGGUGUCGACACCGGCGGCACAGUUCGCAUACGACAGACCAACCAAAGCAAUGCUAACAUUUCUUGACAAACAUUUUGGUCUGAGUCGACCACUUCCACAACACAAUCACUUUAUUAUAUUUGAAAACUUCUUUUAAUUAUUAAUCAUUAUUUUGUUUAAUUGCUAUAAAAUUUAUUUCACAUUUACCGGUACCUCGAAUUCAAAUUUUUAUAAGUCAUUAAUUUGAUUAG